CCUCAAUUGCCUCGGCCAGCGUCUGUCUCAACAUUCAACCCUCUGCUUCGCCGCCUCCAUCCGUUUUCAGUCGCCAAUUGUACAACAACUUUUCAAUUCGACGUCAACUUCAUAAAUAUGGACAACAACGUCAAGCCUACGAUGGAGUCAAUCUCAUCGCAAAUGGACAUUGAUGGGAAAAGCCGGGAACAAAUGAUAGCCGAAUCCGUCAAAAAGAACGAGGACGUCCAAAAUAUGUAUCCUCAGGUUGAUUUCAAGGGCGCCGUUCUUGAGCCUACCAUUCAUUUGACCUAUGAUAUUCAGGAGCAUGUCGACGAACCGAAUCAAAGGAGGUACAACACGUUGAUCGCCGAGAUGCUCGAACGCACUGCAGAGCCGGAUCUAGCUGAAAGAUUACUUUGGGAAGCGAGGGAGUGUCUUACCGGCUACCCAGACAUUUUGGCCCAGUUUGAUGCGAUAUUUCUGGGCCAACGCUCUGCUUCAAGUGUUAUAAGGGAACUACACGAAUGUAUGAUGAUGAAAAAGACGGUGGAAAGGAGGAUGAGCCAACAGGUGAAUGACGGGGAAAAUGGAGAUACUUCCCAAUUAUAAGACCUCGUUGCGGUCACCACCUACAUGUACCAAUUACCGCAUUGAAUAUAGUCUGCAAGUGUGCCCGUAUGAACUCGACACAAGAGGAUGCCGUCGAGUAACUUCAAGCAUCUUGUACACAUUGAACAACCCCCAAUCACGCCCUCUUCG